AUGGUUGUCUAUUGUUGUGCCUAUAGAUGUACAAAUGAAAGAACACCGGGGACUAAGCUACGGUUUCAUAAGUUUCCUUUGUCAAGGCCUGAAGUUUUGAGAUUAUGGAUCAAGGCUGUUCGUUGGGAAAAUUUCAAGCCGUCAGCUCAUACAGUACUAUGCAGUGACCAUUUUAGGGAGAGCGAUUAUUUGGAAUCGUCAUUAUAUAAAAAAUUAAAAAGGAUGCUGUGCCUUCAAUUUUUAAGUUCCCUAAACAUUUACAAGUAGGACCCGAUGUCUAAAGAAAAAAAAUCAUCAAGAAAUCUCUGGUGGAAACUGAGAUACCUGAGGCUGAGGUA